GUGGGAAGCUGAGUAGGGAGCAGGCGGACGAUGAUGUACAGAAGACUAUGGCCAUCUUUUCAGAAUUGAAAGUCCAAGACGGCGAGUUUACUUACAAUGUGCAGGUAGACGAUGAAAGUAGGAUACGCACUCUCAUGUGGACAAAUGGGCGUAGCGAAAAACAAUAUCAUCACUUUGGCGAUGUGGUCACAUUCGACACAACAUACAAGACCAAUCUAUACGAUAUGCCAUUCGGAAUUUUUGUUGGCAUGAACAACCACUUCCAGAGUGUGUUGUAUGCUGGUGUGCUCAUGCGAGAUGAGGCGGUCGACACUUUCAAAUGGAUUUUUGAUGAGUUUGUGAAGAUGAUGGGAGGGAAAAGACCAGUUACAAUUUUGACAGACCAAGCCAGGGCGAUGGAAGUCGCUAUUGAGGAAAUAUAUCCAGAUGCAACACACAGAUGGUGCAAGUGGCACAUCCUGAAGAAGGCCAAAGAGAGCCUGGGGUCUAAUUACACAAAGAAGUCUGAUUUCAGGGCAGAAUUCCACAAGUUGGUCCACGAGAUGCUCACCAUCGAGGAGUUUGAUGACGGGUGGGCAGCGUUGCUUGAGAAGUACUCACUGACUAAGAACACGUACCUGACGCAAAUUUACGAAACAAGGCAGAAAUGGGCCAAACCAUACUUUGCAGGAAAAUUCUGUGCCAGGCAAACCAGUACUCGAAGGAGUGACAGCGCAAAUCACAUGUUGAAACAAUAUGUUCCCCCUUCUUGCUCAAUGAAUCUUUUUGUCAAGCAAUAUAACAAGCUGCAGUUUGACCGUGAACAAGAAGAAGGGUUCCAGGAGAAACGAACCAGGCUGAGUGGAGCUGUCUUGAAGGUCAACACCCCACUAGAAGUGCACGCUAGCAAGAUUUACACCAGGAAGAUGUUUGAGAUUUUUGGAGGAAUAUUGUAUGAAUCCGGAAGCUAUGAUGUAGAAGAGAUCAUACCAAAGCAGAAAUACAUGGUGACCCACGUCAAGGCUGAAAAGCGAGAGAAAUGGUUCAAAUGCCGAUAUGAGGUCAAUGUGUUUGAUAAUCUGGGGUAUUUCUCGUGCAUAUGCGGCCUAUUCGAGCACAUGGGUAUGGGCUGCUGUCACUCGCUGCAGGUCAUGAAUGUGCUCCGGCUUAGGGAGAUUCCCCACAGGCACAUCUUGAAGAGGUGGAGCAUACAUGGCAGAGAUAAUUUGCCGGAUCAUCUCAAACAUUACCAACAGGACAUGGGCCCGCUGGACGCACCCACUUAUAGUGCUUUGUACAUCACUGCCCUGGAGGUGGUUAAAAUGGGCGACAGAAACCUAGAAGCAUACAAAUUCAUGUUGGAUGGAUUGGUGGAUCUUAGGGAGAGAGGAGCUGAGAUUAGCGCACCAAAUGAUGGCCUAGGCAUCGUUGAGCAGCAGGUCUCGAACAAUGGAGUUGCGGGUGGUUGCAGCAAGAAAACCAAGACUUGUAAGGCGGCAUGCUCUAUGUCCGGGUCUAGCUGUCCACGUUGUAGCAAGGUUUAUGAGUCUAGGAAGAAAGCCGCGCAGCCAAAAUGCACAGUAGACAGUAGUUUCGCUCCCAAAGAUGUGUACGAAGCGGCUGUUCUUUUUACUGAUGAACAGAGAGAUGCUGUAAGGGAGAUUGGUCUCGGGGGGAUGCUAGCUAUAGGCAACAUAACCCAUGUGGAUCGGGAGAACUGCUGGAGUUUAUUCCUAGAUGUAGACCUUGAGCGUGGUGCACUCAAGAUAGAUGAUGGCGUUUACGUCACAUUCAACGAGGUUGACAUCCACAACAUCUUAGGAAUUGCACUAGGCGGAGAUAUAGAAAUAAAAAAGAGAGAUGUUGCACCUUCAACGGCACAGCUAGCGCAGAUCAGAGAGUACCUAGGGUUGCACCCGUCGAGCUUUUACAUAACUGUCGGUGACAUUAGAUGGGCGUUGAAGAAACCAUGCCAGACCACCCUGUCUGAAGAGGACAAGAUCAGGAUCCAGGUCGGUUUUGCCAUGCUUUGCAUGGCAACUUGUUUUAGUCCUAGGGAGAGGAGGCACACUGUCCCAACGGAGGCAUAUGCUAUUUGCAUGGAGCCGGCUAACCUGCACAGGGUGAACUGGGGAAGAUACGUUCAUUCUGAGCUCAUCGGCGCAGCCCAGGCGGCCCAUGCAAUACACAGUGAAGGGAAGAGGCCGCAGCUGUACGGGUGCCCGCUAGUGUUGCAGGCAUUGUAUUUCGACUUGGUCGACACUUCUGCAUCUGUCCAGCCUGACCCGCUUGUGCGCCCCAGAAUAAAGUUCUACACUGCCUCCAACUUGUCAAAACUGAUACUCAAAGAUACAGCCAUAGGCAGCAUUCCGAAGAGAUACGGUGUGAUGAAGGCAAAAGCUUUCAUAGAUCGCUCACUGAAAGAGCACGCGCUGGCUAGUGCUGAGCGCAAUACUUUGUUCUUUCGCAACUUAACUGCACUUAAAGAACAUGCACAGAGAGAUUGA